AUUUUUCCAUAUCUACGCAUCCGGAGUCUUCCAGCGACGGACAGCAUUUUUCCCUUCUUCUGCAGAACCGUUGCUGCUUUCGUCAAUUGCAGGCCAUCUCAACGCUUCUCGCGACCGCCGAUAUCCUCUCGAUCUAUGGCCGCCGCCGGCGUUCCGCCGUCGGUGGCGAAGUACGAGACGCGGCGGCGGGACCCGAACCCGCGGGCGGCGGCGGUGCUGGUGAUCGACGCGCAGCAGCACUUCGCGGGCGUGGCGGCGCCGAUGCUGCCGGCGCUGCGCGCCACCGUGGGGCUGUGCCGGGGCGCGGGGAUGCGCGUGGUGUACACGCGCCACCGCCACCGCUCCCCCGCCGACUACGGCAUGCUCGGCGAGUGGUGGCCCGGCGACCUCAUCCUCGACGGCACCCCCGACGCCGCCCUCCUCCCCGACAUCGCCCGCCUCCCCCACGACCCUGUCGUCGACAAGUCCACCUACAGCGCCUUCGCCGGCACAGGUCUUGAGGAGAUGCUGAGGGGAAUGGGGGUGGAGGAGGUGGUGGUGACAGGGGUGAUGACAAACCUCUGCUGUGAGACUACGGCCCGGGAGGCUUUCGUAAGGGGGUUCCGCGUCUUCUUCUCCGCCGACGCCACAGCGACGGCGAACAGGGAGCUUCACGAGGCCACGCUCAAGAACAUGGCUUACGGAUUCGCCUACCUCGUCGACUGCGACCGGCUCAAGGCCGCCUUCACUCGCAAAUCUUGAGCUUUAUUAUGAUCGGGUCAGGAGUUCGAGUCGGAGUAUUUUAGAAUAACCAUGCCGCAACUUCUGUUUUAUAGUGUCAAUCUUUUGAACAACAUGGUAUCAGAUGUUUAUGUUAUGCCUUCAAAUUCCUAUAUCCGCCAUUUAAUGGUAUAAAUUUUGUUAUCUCUUGUUA